UUUCAAUAAGAGCCGGCAACCGGCAAAAUUAACCGCCUGUAGAAUAAAAUUUUCCGGCUGAGAUUUCCGUCUUUAAAAAAUUCUGCCGAUAUUCUCCCAUAGGAGCUUGAUUAGCCUAGUACCCGAGGCCUUCUGCACUCGGAAGGCCUCGGGUACUAGGCUAGAGCUAGUUAAUAUCAAAAUCCUAAUCGUUAAUGCGUUUGAAAAUAUGGCAUCAAAAUAGUAACACGUCAAUGACCCAGAUCAACGUGAACUGGUUCCCACCAUAUGUCAAACGAUCGAGUCAACAACAUGUCCGAAGAUGUCGAAGAGGAAAAUAAACGAUUUCUUUCUUCCUGUCUCCAAACGAGGUACUAACUCUGAAAAUCUUGACAUAAAUCAAAAUAUUUGCCAGCCAAAUGAGUUAAUGCAGACAGAAAGAUCAUCAACAAAUUUCACUAAUCCCAGUCAGAGCCAGAGUAACUGUGAUGUUUCCACUGUUCUGACAUGUACAAGUCUUUCAGAAAAUGAACAUGUAAAAUUAAUUGAGUCAUGUUUUCCUGACAUUGAAAAAAAUGAUAUUUCUAACAAGAUUCAUCACUACAUGCUUUGCAGCAAGAGUGACUGUUGCUCUAUAACUUCAAACGAAAAAUUUGAUCAUGCUUGGCUGAACUCAAAAGACUUGUCUUUCUGUAGGAUUACAAGGUUAUGGCAUUUCGUUUUUGUCGAGGGACAAGGAGUCUACUGUCUACUUUGUAGGAAACAUAAUAUUAAAAAUCCGAGAAACAGAUCAGCUGUAUUUGCAGAUGAACCAAGUAAAAGGUUUAGGAAGUUAGCUUUGCAGGAACACCUGAAAACAAAAUGUCAUGAAGCAGCAAAAUAUAGUGAAUCUUUAAGCAGAGUCUCAGUUUUUCAAAAAGAUAUUGAUAGAAAAUUAGAAGUCAAAAAUGAAAUUUUAUUCCAAGCCUUCUAUUCUCAUUUAUUUGUUGCGGAUCAGAUGAUUGCAAACUUUAAGAUUAACAAACUAAUGAAGUUCAUAGAGCACAUUGGAUUGAAUGAUUUGAAAUAUUUCAGUCACAGAUCAGCAGGGUCGCAAAGGGAAGUUUUACUAACUUUAUCAGAUACUUUGAAAAAUGAUUUAAUUAAAAAGUUACAAUCUUCAAACUGCUAUGGAUUAAUGAUUGAUGAUUUAUCUGAUGUGUCAUCACUGGAACAGAUGAUUGUGUACAUUCAAUACUUUGAUCAAGAGCAUGGGAGUGUUCAAACUGAUUUCCUUUUCAUUGCAAAUUUAUUGGAAAAGUCGGACUCGGCAAAUUCUGAAACUCUUUUCAAGGUACUUUGUGAAAAUUUUGAAGCCAUGAAUCUAGAUAAGGCGAAGAUAACUGGUUUGUGCACAGAUGGUGCAAGUGUGAUGAUUGGUAAAAAAGAUGGCUUAAGUGCUAAACUGAAACAGCUGAACAAAGGUCUGAUUGCAACUCAUUGUGUAUGUCAUCGGUUGGCAUUAGCAUGUACUGACACCAAUUCUAAUCUCAAGUGUGUUGGUAAUGUAGAGACAUACAUGCUACAGCUUUGGAAAUUAUUUCAUUAUUCUCCAAAGAAGAUGGCUUGUUUUUUGAAACACCUUGAGGGUUACAGAAGCCUUGUACUCAACUCAUCAGAAAGACAGAAGUGUGUAAAAAUUCUGAAACGGGCAUGUAAAACCAGAUGGUUGAGUUUUGAAGCAUCAGUUGCUGCUGCAAUGGAAGAUCUGAUUCCUUUAGUUCAAACUCUAAGUGAUCUCUCUGAAAGCGAUGCUGCAGCAUAUGGAUUACUAAAAAAAUUGCAUUCUGCCCAUUUUGUAGGUUUGCUCUUUAUUCUUCAUGCAAUUUUACCAAUUCUGGGAAAAAUUAGUAGGAUUUUUCAGAAGAGUUAUCUGAAUUUUAGUUCAAUUCAGCCUACUUUAGACAGUGCAGUUCAAGAACUGAAACAGAUAAAAAGUGAAAAAAGUCCAAUUGAGUCGGCUAAAUGUGAAUUAAGUGAGGGUGGAAAGCUUGAGCUACUAGAUAUUACAAUAAAUCAAAAUACUGAACACCAGCUUGGACAGACACUUAACAACUAUGUUUCUGCAUUAGUGGAAAAUAUUGAAAGACGCUUUCCUGAUGUUCCAAUUUUAGCUGCUCUCAAUAUUUUCAAUCCCUGCCACAUUCCUGAUAAGGACAAUGAAAGCUUCAAUUCAUAUGGUGAUGAUUCUGUUGAAAUUAUUCACCAGCAGUUUCUCUCAAAAUGUUGUACCCUUGCAGAAGUAAAAGCUGAAUGGAACUUGAUGAAAUUUCAUAUUGCUCAAAAGAAGAGUAAAAUACCUGUCAAUCCAUCAGAUGGUCUUACUCCCUUGGAAUGGUGUUUGAGUGACAUAAUGAAGCACAAAAAUGAAUACAAUUACAUGUGCCCCUUUUUAACAAAAGUUGUAGAAUUGAUACUUACAAUGCCACUUUCCAAUGCCUGGCCAGAAAGAGGUGCCUCAAAAGUAAAGAUCAUUAAAACUGAUCUGAGAAACAGACUCAAAAAUGAUAUGUUAAAUGGAUUGCUUCAUAUUGCUGUAAAUGGCCCAGAGUUGUGCACAGAGGAGUGUGAUUGUUUAGUUACUAAUGCAGUUGAGAAGUGGAUCACUGACAAGAAAAGGAGGAAACUUCCUACCAGUAGGACUUCAGUUACAGGAGAGGACAGCAUGAAAACAUAUAUGGAGGCAGAAGUCCAGACUGAGUCGGAAUCUCUCUUAUCAUAUGGCACUGAAGUUGGUGAUGAAGAUGAAGCUGAUGAUGUUGGAUCAACCUGUGGUGAUGAUGACCAUGAAAAAGACAGACUUUUGGAAAAUACUCUACUUCAAUUAAAAAUAGCAAAAAAUCUCAGGGAAGCACAGCAAUACAGCAAAACUGUCAAUUUUGAAAGUGAAUCUGAUUGGAAUUCAGAUGAUGACUUUUAAGAAUUAAGUUGUGUAAUGCAUCAACAUGAAAUUAAAAAAUAGAGUUUUGAUUGAUGUUUUUAUUGAAAGGUAGAUUCAUGUGAAAUGGAGUAAAUAUACAGUAUAUUCAUCAUAAAAGUUUAGCACAUAAAUAUUUUUAUUAGCUGUAAUUUGGAUAAAAAAAUGUUCAAGAAUUUUUUUUACAUAUUGGUAAAUAGAGAAAAAACAGUCUUUAAAAUGGCACUAUUUAAGGUAAAAUUAAGCAGUUGCUAGCAGUAGAAAUUUCAUAAAACUUAUACUUUUAGAUGGCCUUAGAAGCAGCAAAAGUACCUUCAAAAAUGAUUAUUUUCGUUUUCGGCAGGGGGGCUUCGCCCCCCUGGUCCCCCCACCAGGGCUCUGCCCUGGACCCGCUGGGGGCCUAGGGCGGCCCCCAGACCCCUCGCCGAGAUUAGGUUGCCUGCUGUUCCAAAUUUUUUUCCUUCUAUUCAAAAACUUAUUGAAA